UGUCAAGAUUCAAAUAACAAUUAAUACUAUGCAUACGAACGCCAGAUGGCGUACUACAUAGGCGGAUCAGCUGACUAUUCUUUCAAGUGCGGUACGUCACUAGGAUUGUUUAUGAAUAGAUAUAUGAAAAUUAGCUUCUGUUAAAUAUUAACCAUAUUAACCAAUGUGUUUGUGUGAGGCACAACCGGUUUACGACCAACUCGAAUGCAGACUGAACGAUGAUGUUGGUUCAAUGCAAAUCACUGAGACUUUCUCUUGUCUGACGACCGAGAAAGAGGAACGAAGGUUCUUUGUAACAUAUGCCGUAAUAAAAAAAUAAUUGUUACGUUAACAGAAGAGUGAAAAGUUAACUCCUGAGCGUGACUGCGCAUAUUUCACCAAAAUUACAGAAAGAGAAGACUCGUCAGUAUUACAGAUCAUAGAAAGGAAAGACUUCUUCCUAGUAAACGGAGUAAACCAAUAGCCAAAUUAUUCAGCACCUCAAUUCUUUCUUUUUGUAAAUAAAUAAGAAACAUAAAUGGAUCUUUCACUUAUAAACAAUUAUUUGGAAACAUAUUCUGGCAGAGAUAAGAUGUUAAGGACUUUGUCUUAUACUGCAAAGUUGCUUACUGUAUGUACUUCAUCUAAAAGUGCCGAAAAAAAACUAAAAACCUUUGGAAGCCAGAUGAGCGAAUGCAGAGUGAUGUUGCGCUUGCUAGAUGAUCUUCAGGCACUUCACUGCGUGAUGACAUAUGGAUGGGGAAAGCAGGAACCUGAUUGGUUGGUUAGAUGGAGCCAAGUGAUACAAAAUAUAGUAGACAUUGUUUAUUCUCCUAUAGAGCAUAUUGCUUGGGCUGGUCAGCAUAAUAUUGUGUCAAUUAAUAAUAACAAAUGGGAUCUUGCUACAACUUGGCUUUGGAUAGUUUCUCUACACCUGUCAUUAUUAAAAUUAUUGAGAUUAUUACAAAAGCUACAAAAAUAUAAAAUAGGAUUAGAAAAAAGUAAUACUAGUACACAAAUGUUGGAAGAUUUUAACGAGCAACGACGAAAUGCACUAUUGACAUGCACACGUAUAAUGCUAGAUAUUUCUUACGCAAUUAGUUAUUUACCACCAGGAGUACUUUGGGGAGGACGUUUAAAAACGUGGCACGUUGGUGCACUUGGUACAAUAUCGUCAUUAAUUGGACUUUAUCAAGCUCUUAGCCGCUAUAUGAAGUUGAAAAUACAUGCAUAAUACAUUUUAAUUAUUUUAAUUGG